AACUCAACCGUCCGAAACCUCGGGCGAUUAGUCAAAACGUUCUCCAACAGCCUCUACAGCUCGCACAACCAACACCGGGGAAGUGCUCGCGUCACAGCCCCUGAAGCUCCGAAAACAAAGUAAAUCAAUUCAAUCAAGAAUUUCAUUUACUUGCACAUCUCUCAACAUGGCUCCUCACGGUCUCACUGAGUCCGCUCCCGCUUCUGCUUCUGCUCCUUCCUCCGGUGUUGGUUCUGCUCCUCGCGGAUCUUGCGUCAAGGUUGUCUCUGACACUUGCUCUUACGAACCUGAUCACAUUUUGUCGUCCUACACUUACGAGAACGCCCGCGUCGAAACCACCGACGAUGGCGAGUUCGUCGUCCACCCCACCAAGUCCGCUUUCACCUUCAAGACCUCCACCGAGGUUCCCAAGACUGGUCUCAUGAUCGUCGGCUGGGGUGGUAACAACGGUUCCACCUUGACCGCGACCAUCGCCGCCAACAAGAAUAACGUUACCUGGUCUACCCGCCGCGGUCUCCAAAAGUCCAACUACUACGGCUCUGUCACUCAGUCUUCCACCGUCAAGCUCGGUAUCGAUGCUAAGGGUAGGGAUGUUUACGCUCCUUUCGGUCGCGUUUUGCCCAUGGUUCACCCUAACGACCUCGUCUUGGGUGGAUGGGACAUUAACGAUGCCAACAUUGGCGACGCUAUGGAGCGCUCCAAGGUCCUCGACUACGAUCUUCAGCAGAAGGUCAAGGAGGAGCUCAAGGCGUACAAGCCCCUCCCCUCCAUCUACUACCCCGACUUCAUCGCCGCCAACCAGGGUGAGCGUGCCAACAACUUGAAGCAGGGUAUGGACAAGUGGCAGCACGUCCUCGAGAUCCAGAAGGACAUCCGCGAGUUCAAGGAGAAGAAUGGAUUGGACAAAGUUUUCGUUAUGUGGUCUGCCAACACGGAGCGUUACGCUGAGAUCAUUCCCGGCGUCAACGACACUGCUGACAACCUCCUCAAGUCUAUCAAGGAGUCUCACUCCGAGGUUGCUCCUUCUACUGUCUUCGCUGUUGCCUGUAUCUUGAUGGGUGUUGUCUUCAUCAACGGUGCUCCCCAGAACACCUUUGUCCCCGGUGCCCUCGAGCUCGCUGAGCGUGAGAAGGUCUUCAUCGGUGGUGACGACUUCAAGUCCGGUCAGACCAAGAUCAAGUCCGUCCUCGCCCAGUUCCUCGUCGACGCCGGUAUCAAGCCCCUCUCCAUCGUCUCCUACAACCACCUCGGUAACAACGACGGCUACAACCUCUCCGCCCCCCAGCAGUUCCGCUCCAAGGAGAUCUCCAAGUCUUCGGUUGUUGACGACGUCAUUGCCUCCAACCAGAUCUUGUUCAACAAGGAGGUCGGAGACAAGGUCGAUCACUGUAUCGUGAUCAAGUACGUCCCUGCCGUCGGUGACAACAAAGUCGCCAUGGACGAGUACCACUCAGAACUCAUGAUGGGCGGACGUAACAACAUCGCCAUCCACACCGUCUGCGAGGACUCCAUCCUCGCUGCUCCCCUCAUCAUCGACCUUGUCGUUGUCGCUGAACUCUUUGGCCGUGUUCAGUUCAAGAGGGAAGGAAGUGAUGAGUGGGAGGGUUUCCACUCUGUGUUGAGUGUGUUGAGUUACUGGUUGAAGGCGCCUAUCCACCGCAGGGGUGAGGAGCCGAUCAACGGAUUGAACAAGCAGAGGAUGGCAUUGGAGAACUUGUUCCGUGCGUUCCUUGGUAUGGGGCCGAACAACGAGAUGAGGCUUGAGUCUCGGGAUGGAAGAAUGAAGUGUGGUUUUGGGUAUGGGUUUGCUUUUUAG